UUUUCAUUUCUCCAUCUUUUUCUUCCUUAACAAAAAAUAAUUUUUGGCGGGAAACUUCUGCGUCUAUUACUUUCUUUUUCUCUAACUACUACACAGAUUUGAGGUUUUUAAGUUUUUGGCGGGCAAACUCGCUUCGCUUUUUUCUGUUAGGAGGCGUGUUUUGCAUCAAAUUGCAGCGAUAUAAAAGCAUUUUCUUAACUAACUGACCCUCACUUUUCAAAAGUAAAGUGUUCAACGUCUCAAAAAUUUCAACAGCUUUUAAAAACAAAAAUGGCUCGUACCAAACAAACUGCUCGUAAAUCUACCGGAGGAAAGGCACCGCGUAAGCAGCUUGCCACCAAAGCUGCGCGCAAGUCUGCACCGGCAACUGGAGGUGUGAAGAAGCCGCACCGCUACCGCCCAGGCAAGAAAUUAUUUUUUCUAAUUAGUUUUGAAAUCCUUUUUUCAGGAACUGUAGCUUUGCGUGAAAUUCGUCGUUAUCAAAAAUCGACCGAAUUGCUCAUCCGCAAACUUCCUUUCCAACGGCUGGUCAGAGAAAUUGCGCAAGACUUCAAAACCGAUCUUCGCUUUCAAUCUAGCGCUGUUCUUGCUUUGCAAGAGGCUUCUGAGGCAUAUCUUGUUGGUCUUUUCGAGGAUACCAACUUGUGUGCUAUCCACGCCAAACGUGUGACCAUCAUGCCUAAGGACAUCCAACUUGCCCGACGUAUCCGUGGCGAGCGUACGUGA